AGCCUACUUUCAACCAGCAAGCAUACGUUUUCAAAACUAGCUGAUUACAAAGUAUAUCAAGGAAAAGAAUUAAAUAACCGUUGCCCAGUUACACAUUUGAGUUCAAGGUGCACCCCCUCCCUUUACACAGCACAAACCCUUUUACCAAAGGGGUCUUCUUUUACCCCAGCUACUCACCAAGCAGGUGACGAACAUCACUUUUUUCCUUUGGAAGGGUCUUAGUAUUCACGAGUUGCUGUCUGGGACUACGAUUUUAUACAUUCCUUUUUAUUCUUUUGAGAGAAGACGCUUAUCGGCAUAGAUCUACAUUUUAUUUUCUGGAAUUUGCGCUAGUAAGAAUUUGGUACCAGUGCCCACUCCGUGUUUCUUCAGUAGCUAGAAUGGCUACUUUACCAGGAACAGUGCCUCGAAUGAUGCGCCCUGCGCCAGGCCAGAAUUAUCCCCGCACCGGAUUCCCUCUGGAAGGACCUGAAUAUGUUUAUUGUGGAACAGUAUCAACCCCCCUGGGCCAAGGUCGGGUGAACCAGCUCGGUGGAGUGUUCAUCAAUGGGAGGCCGCUGCCAAAUCAUAUCCGACACAAGAUAGUAGAGAUGGCCCAUCACGGCAUCCGACCCUGUGUAAUCUCGCGACAGCUACGAGUUUCCCACGGUUGUGUCUCCAAAAUCCUCUGUCGGUACCAGGAGACCGGUUCGAUUCGCCCCGGGGCUAUAGGAGGCAGCAAACCCAGGCAGGUAGCAACUCCGGACGUGGAGAAGCGGAUUGAGGAGUACAAGCGAGAAAACCCCGGGAUGUUUAGUUGGGAGAUCCGGGACAAGCUGCUGAAGGACGGGGUGUGCGACAGAAGCACUGUUCCUUCAGGUGAGGCUUCUGUGAGCUCCAUCAGCCGAGUUCUCAGGGCCCGUUUCGGUAAGAAAGAUGAUGACGACGAUUGUGAUAAGAAGGACGAAGACGGGGAAAAGAAAACAAAGCAUAGCAUCGAUGGCAUUCUGGGCGAUAAAGGUAAUCGUACAGACGAGGGCUCAGACGUGGAGUCGGAGCCGGACCUUCCCCUGAAAAGGAAGCAGCGCCGCAGCCGCACCACCUUCACAGCCGAACAGCUGGAGGAACUGGAGAAGGCCUUCGAGAGGACACACUACCCAGACAUCUACACCAGAGAAGAGCUGGCUCAGAGGACCAAGCUGACUGAGGCGCGUGUGCAGGUUUGGUUUAGCAACAGAAGGGCCAGAUGGCGCAAGCAGGCAGGAGCCAAUCAGCUGGCUGCCUUCAACCACCUGUUACCUGGAGGCUUCCCGCCCACAGGGAUGCCCAGCCUCCCUACCUACCAGCUACCUGAAUCCUCUUACCCUGGCGCUACCCUGUCACAGGAUGGCAGCAGUACGUUGCAUCGGCCCCAGCCCCUGCCUCCGUCCUCCAUGCACCAGGGAGGACUCUCUGAUGGCAGCUCUGCCUAUGGCCUCUCGUCCAAUCGCCACAGCUUCUCAAGCUAUUCAGACACCUUCAUGAGCCAAUCAGCUGCCAGUAACCACAUGAACCCAGUCAGCAACGGCCUCUCACCACAGGUGAUGAGCAUCCUGAGUAACCCCAACGCGGUCCCCUCUCAGUCCCAGCAUGACUUCUCCAUCUCCCCCCUCCAUGGAAGCCUGGAAUCCUCCAACCCCAUCUCAGCCAGCUGCAGCCAGCGCUCUGACUCUAUCAAGGGGGUGGACAGCCUGGCCUCCUCCCAGUCCUACUGCCCCCCCACCUACAGUGCCACCAGCUACAGUGUGGAUCCUGUCACCGCCGGAUACCAGUACAGCCAGUAUGGACAGACUGCGGUGGAUUACCUGGCCAAGAAUGUGAGUCUGUCCACCCAGAGGAGGAUGAAGCUGGGAGAUCACUCUGCUGUCCUGGGACUACUGCAGGUGGAGACGGGACAGGCCUACUGAAACGCCCUAGCAACCGCCUGGCUCCACCCAGUCUAAGCUAACAUACGCCACCCUGCCGCCCUCUGCAGCAGGACACACCCACCCAGCAGGCUGUCAGGACGUGUUUGUGUGUGUGAGAAUGUCUUUUAGGCUCCUGACUGUGAGAGGACUGGUCAUAAGAACCGCCUUUCCGUCGACGCCCACCGGGUGGUCUCGCCCUCACCCGCAGGCUCCUUACUUUGGCUCGGCCCCUCCCCUGUGCCCUCCUCACCCCUGAUUGGCUCUGCUCGGACGACCUAGAGACGAUGUCCCCAAUCCGCAUGGAGUACACGCCCUCAUGCUGCCGGCUGCAUUCCAGUCCAGAACACACUCGGAGACACUUCCACAUGUACUUUGACCUUGUUGUUUCUAGUAGUUCACCAAGACCAAGUGUCAUUCAAAUGACAGUCACCCUUGUUAUUUUGAUUGAUAUUGUUAAUAUUAUCAUUGCUGUUCUGAUUAAGAUGUAUAUCAUCGUUUUUUUAUUGUUCCUUCAAAGUCUUUUUGUGUGAUGCUGGGUGUGUGUGUUGGCCCAGUCAGAAAGACAAGCUGAUUGUUUUCCAGGCUGCUGUUGCUCCUUCUGUUCCCUGAGCUCUAAUGUUGGUGAGCAAUUUGACCUUCCCGCGUUCAUGUUCAACUUGACAUUCCUAAAGAACUUGGCCACUCAGUAGGAUGUCUGGCUGGGCGGAUUCUACUGGGAAUUAGCAGCGCUUUGGCGGCCAAUGGCUUCCCCCCACCAACAUCCAUCCCAUCUUUAGCUGUACUCCACGGGGAGGAGGUCAUUGUUUGUAAAAACAGGAUUGGGGAAAUUAAUGUAUUUUGUUUAGAAAUGUAGUCCUUGCCAAGAAGGACUAAACCCACUACCCAGCAACCCUGUCUGCACAGAGCUCUGUGUGACUUUAGGUCGAGGAGAUUUAAGAGCACAGACCUAGUGGCAAAGCUAAUUCAAAAUGACCCUUCUCAUUACAUGUUUCUUUUGUUGUUCUUAGAUUAAUUAGGACAUUUUUUAAAGGCACAUGUAGCUGUUUACAACUUUGCUUUGGACCAAGUUGGCAUUCCUCUGAAACAUUCCUUCGGCAUGGCUGACUGAUGCAGACACAUUCCUGUUCUGCCCGUGAUGAGAUUGAGAAUACACAUGCUGUGCCAUUCACAUGCACUUUGGCAAAUCAAAUAAUCCAGUAAUUUUUGAAAGGGCACAGGUAACGGCCCCCUCUCUGGCUCCACUGGACAUUCAACUUCUGCGCUGACCGACACACUCACAGAAAUGUAAAAAAAAAAAAAAAACAUUUUUUUUAAGAAUAGCUGAUAUGAAACAUUUGUGUAGCACUCAUAGUUGACCUUUGACACAAUGAAUUGGGUUGAAUCCUAACAUGAAAUGGGUGAACGUUGACUCAUCCUGGACACCAUUGACAUCCUUCUAUGAGUUAUAUUCGCAUAUUUCAAGUGAGGAUUAAACCCUUAGUCGCUUAUAAAUGGAAAAUGUACAGUAGCCGGAGCAGAUUGUGUAUUGUUUGUUUAUAAAGAGUAUGUUUUAUACUAAAACAAAAACAAUGUUCAGUGGUAGUUAAGCAAGGGAUUUACGGAAGUCAAUGUAUCUUUUAGUUUUCUGACUGGUUUCUUUAUGUUUGUUGUUAUAAUUCAUUUUCUUUAAAUGCAGUGUUUUGCGUCCAGCCAAGUAGGGAAUUAUGUAUAUUAAAUUAGAAGACAAUUUCAUUAUACAUCCUCAAAUUAAUAAUUGAAUAAAAAAGGUAAAAACUCAACUAGUUCGGUUGCGAGAGAUGGACCAAUGCAUUUUGAUGGUGACAAGAUGUAACCUAUUACUCCACACCUACAAGUGCAACCCAAAGUACUGAAAAGUGUAUUCCUGCACUUGACUCAUGAUCUAAGUGCAGACCUUACAGUUGACCAUGAAAAUGUAUCUGACCUUUAACCUCUCAGUAUGAAUCAAUGUCCAGGGGUUCAGCAGUACAGCUUUGAUACCACUGACGGAUGGGGACCUGUCUUUUUUUUUAGAAAAGGGACGGACCCCAAUGUUCUCUGGCUAUGUGUAUCUAGAGUAAUGAUAACUGAACGACUGAAUACCGGCUGGCAGUCUCUGUUUAAUAAAGACCCAUUAUUGUGUAUAUUAAAAAAAUGACAUUUAAAAAAAAUCAAGUGCAUCAAAUCCAUUUCUAAAACUGUGUUAAUGGACAUUUGGAUAUUCAAAACAUUACUGUAUGACUCCUAUCCCCUACCCACCCACCUUCUGACCUCUAACCUGUUUACUUGCUUUAUGGCAUCUGUGUUUUGCUUUUUUGUGUUUUCCCUUUCUGUUCUGCAUGUAUGUAUAUAACCAUGGUAUAAUUUAUUCUGCUGUAUGAAGUAUUAGACUAGUGGGAACUUGUAUUGGUAUUUACUACCUUGAGCCUGUUGGUGUGAUUACUGUAACACUGGCCUAACUGUUAUCAAUUAAAGCUCUAAAACAGCCUGUUGGUGUGAUUACUGUAACACUGGCCUAACUGUUAUAAAUUAAAGCUCGAAAUCAGCCUGUUGGUGUGAUUCUUGUAACACUGGCCUAACUGUUAUCAAUUAAAGCUCUAAAACCUGCCUGUUGGUGUGAUUACUGUAACACUGGCCUAACUG